GGAAUGUGAUGCCAAUGGAGCGUAGAGAUAACGCAGCCGCUGCAGCAGCGGCCGCUGACAAUGCCAACGCCAAUGCCGCCAGACACCACGCCAGGUGAGAUUGACAACACAAUGUGCAAUGUGGCUCAUCUGUGUGGUCUGUGUGUGCAACAUUCGUCAGGGGUGAGCGGCGUGUGGAGCUGCGACGUCGGACGGAGAUGUGUAGGGAGCUGCCCGAGGCCGAUGUGGAGGCGAUGGACGAGAUGGUUGAGGAGGACGCCGAGGCGCUGGAGGAGAUAGAGAAAGACGAUACCAACACGCUCGCGACGUCAUGUGCAUACGGUAAGGGGCAGGUCGUCGGGAUGCAUGGAGAUCUGUGUGGCAUGGGCUCGGUGUGUGGUCUGUGGGUCUGUGUGUGUUUGCAGGUGCGACGGUUGCGAAUGUGGUCAACAAGAGCACUCAGAAGCUGUUUGACGACGAGGCAGCCAAGCGGCAUCAUGCCUUCCUCUAUGAGCUGCUCGCAAAGUACCGGUGAGCUCCCACCCAAGUCCUGCUGAUGGAUGUGUGUGUGUUUGCCCAUUCGUCGUGUGCUGUCAGUUGUGCCAACGGUGACGGUGUAGAUUUCGUUGCCGUGUCCAAGGCCAUCGGGGGCGACUGCGUGCCCCGGUUCGUCCCCUGCCGCCUCGACAGUAUGCUGGCAGCACUCGAAGUGGAGAAGAAGCCCAAAAAGGUGGCGCCUCACCUCACCACCCAAAGGACCAGGCUCCAUGUCAGUGUGCUUGUGGAUGGACGGUGUAGAAACCCAAUCCGCGCAGGAAGGACAGGGUCGCUGCUGCCCGGACACUCGAGGCGGCGGAGAACAGAGCAGGCGACGCCACCACUGAAACAUACAACAAGGUGAGACGAUAUAUAGACCGACGCGGCCCUCGUGUUUGUGUGAUGGAUGUGUCCGUCCAUGUGGCGUGUGUGCCUGUGGUCAGGCCAUGGGUAUGUUGUCGGUGCUCAAGAAGCUGCAUCAGGAGAUGGAGGGCGGCGUGCCCAUGUGGCUGUUCGUCAUAGACCCACGACCAGAAAUAGUGAGGGCUGAGGAGCACGCCAGCCGCAUCACCACGCUCUGAUCGAUGUCUAUGCAUGGCUGUGUGUGCAUGGGUCCUGCAGGGUUUUGACAGCUCCGUGCACAACCUGUUCCUGCAGGGGAUGCUGCUGAAGCGGGGCUGGGCCCGGCACGUCGUCAAGGACGGCCGCCCAUACAUCGAACCCAUGGACGACGGCGACAACCCCAACGGACCCCAGGUAAGGACAGACACAGAGCGACCACCGCACCGCACGGCAGACAAUCUGCCCAGACCGCACAGCACACAUGCGCCAUGUAUGUGUGUGUGUGUGUGUCUGCAGGGGGCCCACCAGGGUGUGAGUCACCAGAACAUCAUCGGCGGCUUCACCGAGCGCAGAUGGCAGCAGCUUUGCGCAUCCCUGGGCCUCACCGACAACGACCCGCCCCUGUUCAACUACGACGCCUACCAGCAAGAAGAGCACCCAGACGCGGAGCCACAGCAGCCGGAGGCCGACAUGGACAUGGACAUGGGGGAAGAGGAGGCGCCAUCGGACCAUCGCAGCAGCGACAGCGCGGGGUCGCGGCGGAGCAGGAAGCGCCGAAAGAAGGGAGGGCAGUCGGCGGGUGACGGCACUGCGCGAGGCAGGGGUCGUCGUGGGGUCAAGAAGGAGCGUGACGGUGUGGUCAAGAUGGAAGAGGAGGAGGAAGACGAGUGAUCUGCAUGCAUGAUAGAUUGCCAGGGCCGAUAGCAGACAGUGGUUGGUGUGUACAGUGGUUGGAGAGCAUAGAUGCGUACGUAUGAUUGGAUGGAUAUGGCGCUUAUCUCACGAGGUCAGG